AUGAACAACAAGAAUCGGAAUUAUUACAACAACAACAACAAUCAAAGAAACAAUAACAAUCGAAAUAAUAACAAUACGAAUAAUAACAAUCGAAAUAAUAAUUACAACAAUAAUAAUUAUAACAAUAAUAAUUAUAACAAUAAUAACAACAAUCGGAAUUACAAUUCAAAUAAUAACAAUCAUAAUUCCAAGUUUAACUCGAGUAAUUUUGGAAAUGCGAAUAAUUUCAACUCUAACAACAUCUCUCGUAAUUUUUCAUCAUCGAAACCUCAUCACUACCAACAACAACACCAAUUCGGACAAUCCUCCUUUUCUUCUCUUCGACCCAAUUCAAAUGUCAAAUCAUUUUCCGAGUCAUCCUUUUCACAAAUAAUUACUCCUUCUUCUGCUCAAUUUGGAAAAUCUAGUUAUUCACAGUCACCAUUCUCAACCACCACACGUGUGGAUGCAUCCACUCUAGGUGGUAGUAGUAGUGGUGGUUUUGGUAGUGGUGGUUUUGGUAGUAGUAGUGGUAGUGGUGGUAGUGGUAGUAGUGGUAGUGGUGGUUUUGGUAGUAGUAGUAGUGGACAGACAAGUGGAUUUUCUCAAUUUUCAACAACCUCCAAACCAGGUUCAAGUGUAUUUGCAUCAUCGGGUGGAUCAUUCUCUUUUAAUACUAAUUUACAGAAUCAUCAUGGAAUCCUAUUAAACAAAACAUCCAAUACGGAUAUGCAACGAGAAUGGAAACAAGCACAACGAGUUCCAGAUCCAUUUGCCAUGGAACGAACCAAGCGCCAUGAAAGUCUAGUGGAUGAAAAGAUUCGAAAAACACGACUCGAGAAACAACAACAACAACAACAACACAACUCCAUAAUGGAUGAUUUAUGGAUGGAUGAUUCCACAACAACAACAACAACAACACCCAAUCAUCAUCAUCAUCAUUCUCAAGUUCCUCUCACCUUUGAACAACAAUUAGAGAAAAUGAAAGAAAAAUUCUUUACUCACUAUGAUAUUGAUCCACAGGUGGUGGAUGAUCGAGUGGUGUUGAAUCAUUUUCAAAAACUAAGUGAUGAAGAUGUGAAGGCAUUUGAAUCUCCAAGUUUUCAUUUAUUUAAAAUUCCUGAAAUUGCACCACCUAGAGAAUAUUGUCAAGUAACAACAACAACCACCACCAAUUUGUAA